UUUAUCGACGGUCCCUCAGAGCUGCAGCAUGGCGCGUCGCGCUGCAUGUGAAGAUCACAUCUCAACAUUUAAACACUGAUCUGAGUUCUCUAGCACACAUUAAACUCACACACGGGUCAGUAUGGAGCACACGCCUGGCUCACACAGUAAAGAAGUGGACAUUUACCGGGACACAUGGGUGAGAUUUCUAGGUUAUGCCAAUGAGGUGGGCGAGGCAUUCCGUGCGCUGGUGCCAGUCAGUCUGGUGUGGGCCAGUUACGCUGUUGCCACGGCGUACGUGUCAGCUGAUGCCAUGGACAAAGGCAAGAAAGCCGCUGCGGCUCAUGGUGAGAAUCCUGGUAAGUCAGCACAGGUGGCUGUUGCCGUGGUCGACACGUUUGUGUGGCAGGCUCUCGCUUCAGUGGCCAUUCCAGGAUUCACCAUUAACCGCGUGUGUGCCGCGUCUCUGUUUGUGCUCGGAAAAACCACACGCUGGCCGUUACCUGUGCGCAAGUGGACGACAACUGCCAUUGGCCUCUCCACCAUCCCCUUCAUCAUCACACCCAUUGACAGGUCUGUGGAUUUCCUGCUGGACUCCAGUCUGAGAAAACUCUACGGUGAAGGAUCAAAACAUGAAUGAACUGACCUCUGACCCCAUCAGGAGCUUCUGGAGGUUUAAAAUGAUCUGUGCCAUUUUUUUUUUUUUUUUUACAUUAUUGCGUUCAAAUGUUUACUGCAGUUUAUUUGGUUUUGUUUACUGUAUUGCAUGGAUUGAAUUUCAGGUUUUAAAGUUAAAUGGUUAAAGAUUGAAUUGUUUUCUCAAACUGUAUAAAUGGUAAAGUUUCUUACCUAAUUAUAAUCACUGUCAUUUUAAAAUAAUCAUAGCUGCAAUAUUAGAUUUUCUGCAUCUGUAAUGUUUUUUAAGGUGUUGAAUUUUUAUAAUUUGCUGUGAAAUGAAUCAUAUGGGAAAUGACAAAGAAGCGCCUCUCAUAAAGCCAUAUAACUAUGCAAGUUCAGUUGUGGCAUUCAAAAUAAUAUUUUUGACUUCCAGCCAUAAUUUAGCAUUUAAAUCCAUAUCUGUCAUGCAAUUAUACAGUCUAUCAUUAUAUAGUGUCUAUAAUGGAUCAGAAAGGUGCUGUGGUUUGAGUAUAAUGAUAUUAUGAUUGUGUUCAGUUCUUUAUCCUAAUGUUAACAUUUGAAAACAUGGUUGAGGAGGAAGUUUAUUUUGUUAUUGUAAAUGUCUGUAGUGAAAUAUCAGAUUGUUAUUUAGUUUAUAGGUAUCACAGAUUUAUGAAUCUUGAAGAUGAACAACAACAACGUCUGAUAUGUGAAAAUGAAUAAUUCUCUUUAUUAAAAAAACAAGUGGAUUGA